AUGACCAUUCAAGCUCCUAAGUUUACCGCCUUGGAAUCGGUUACUGAAGAUGAAGUUCAGGCCCUCAACCCAACCCGAAAAACACUCCAUCAGAACAUUAUAGGCAAAUUGAGACCUUUGCCUUUUCAGUAUCGUUGGGCUGUAUGGCAUGAGAAGCACUCUGAGUCUACCAACUACGGUGACAGGCUAUACCCCCUGCAUGAUGAUGUUGCCGAUAUUGCGACCUUUUAUCGGAUAUACAACAAUUAUCCAUGGGGAAAGAUCAAAGUCCGCGACACUGUGCAUAUUUUCCGCCGUGAGACGAAGCCCGUCUGGGAGGACCCUCAAAACUUGAAGGGAGGGUGCUGGACUUUUCGAGUUCCUAAGUCAAAGAGCCAGGCAUUCUUCCAUGAAGUAGCCAUUCUUUGUAUGGCAAAUGAGUUCCAGGCCGCAGUGCAGUCCGAGCGUGAUCAUGUUCUUGGAGUCUCGACAUCUGCUCGAUUCAACUCUAAUUUGAUAUCCAUAUGGAAUAAACAAGGAUAUAACCCAAAAGCCAUCAAGGCACUCGAGGAGGUUAUACUACAACGUCUUUCACCCGAACUUCGUCCAACCGCCGAAAAGUCUUACUUCUACAAACGCCAUGAUGAACAUGAUGGGUACCAGGCUGCAGUUGAAGCAGCACAUGGCUCUGCUACUCACCGGAGUAAUACAUUGGAAUAG